AUGGAUGGAUCACUCUUGCCAGCAAUUCAAGAACCACCUAUAAAAAAAAUUAAGCCAUCCACAAACAUGACAAUAAAUUUUUAUUUGAAUGAAGUGACAAGUUCGAAAACACCAUUAAAGGUGGUACUAAAUGAUGAUAUUUCUGAAUCCUUGCCGUUAAUUGAGGUUUACACUGGACACAUCCAAAACCCGAAAGAUAUAUCAAAGACAGUACUCCUGUUAAAUGAAAAAUUACCGAUAAAAGAAUUACAGCACUUAAAGAGGGUAAAAAAGCAGGAUAUUUUCCUUUGUCCAAUUACUUACACAAAUGAAAUGACAAUUCAGGAGUACCUAAAAAGCUUAGACGACAGUUUUGCAGAUAUUUUUGAUUCAUUUGCAGUGAUCCAUGUUCCCAAACAGCCCCCGAAACUAAAGAAACAAUUUGAAGACACGAAAGAGUAUUGGCCUUGUAACUUUCACCCAGACAAAUAUCUAGAAAAGCUUUUCAGUGAUAAUUUUUUUACCCAAGAGGAGAGUAACAUGCAUAGAAAGUAUAUGUAUAUUGCCCUUCUUAAUGCUAAAUGGUACGUCAUGAAUGAUGCGUCCAUACAUGAUGUUCCUAAUGUAACUCUUGUGGUAGAUCCUAUUAUUGCCAGUGUUGUAGCGGUUGCUACAGAUAAUAGAAAAAAACACCCAACACAACACUCCACAAUGCUGGCCAUAGACAAUGUUGCCAGGACACAAAAUGGAGGUGCAUGGUCUCCAGACUGUGAAUUAGAUGAAGAGACAAUGAUUCCUAAUAGUUUGUUGCAAUGUUUGAAAGCGGAAAUGCCUGAGAUUAAUUUUGGACAUAGGAAGUUUAAGAGCAAUCGAGUUACUGAUGAUAAUAAUAGUGGAACUGAAAAUAAUGAGACAUCUAGUCUAGAUAGUCCCUAUCUAUGUACUGGCUACUAUAUCUAUAUGUUAAGAGAGCCAUGUGUCAUGUGCUCAAUGGCUUUAGUUCAUGCAAGAGCGAAAAGGAUAUUCUUUUGUGUAGAUAAUGAAAGAGAUGGUGGAUUGAAAUCUAAAGUUAAAUUGCAAACGGUGAGCUCGCUAAAUCACCGUUUUGAGGUGUUUACUGGUUUUUUAUAG